AUGAUCAAAACCACCCCCGUCACCCUCCUAUCCCUCUCCCUCGCCCUCCUCACCACCAAAAUAAUCAAACCAGCCACCGCGCAAUACACCUACCUCAUCGUCAACUGCACCGUCGACUCGCCCGCCUGCGCGGACUCCCUGAGCCCAUGCUACCCGGACCCCUACCGGUGCGUCAUCACCGGCGACGAGGAGAAUUCCUUCGGCCAGAUAUGCAAGGAUUACGGGGGCGUGGCGGAUAUUGUGCUGGACGCCCGCCCGCCCGGCCGGAAAUAUUGGAGCUUGACUGAAAGCUUGGUUGAGCCACCGGGGCUUGGCCGGGGCCUGUGGUUGGCCGCGCCCUGGCCAGUAGUGUGGGGGCGCCACCGCGACAACAAGGCCAAUGACCGCGACAGAUCUCCCCACGAUGAUCCCUACGUCAACUUCCCCCCUCCAGACGAGUCGAUAUUUUGGGGAACGUGGCUGAUCAUGACCUCAGCAUGA